AUGUCUGAAGCCAGAAGGUACAGGAGUCGCAGCGCUGACCGCCAGCGCUACGCGCGGCGUGAUUCCUCAGAUCGCGGCGGCCGCAGACACUACCGCGAAUCGAGUCCCCGCCGUAGCAACUCACGGAGAUCUGACGAUUACAGGCGCAGGGACCUUGAAUAUAGUCGCCGUCGAGAUUCUCCGGACCUUCGGUAUCGUAGUGAUUACCGCGACUACCGCGAUGAUGAGAGACGUGAUUAUCGCGACAGUAGGGCGUAUGGAUAUCGAGGGGACAGAAGGAGCCCCUAUGGUGAAUUCCGGCGAGAAUACCGUGUAGAAGACAGGCGAAGUGUGACUAGAGGUGACGGAAGGCAUGUAAGAGGCAGCUCAUACAGAGACGAUCGCUUAUCGCCACGGCGGAGCAGCAGGGAUUACGGUCUAUCCGUUGCGAGGGACGAAUCUCGUGGAAGUAGGAGGGAUUCGCGUUCCUACCGUGUAGAUGAUCGCCACGCAGACAGAGACGACCGCCGGUGGAGGAGCAGCCGUGACCGCUCAACGGGAAGGGACGAUCGUCGGCGCCGAGACGAGCGCAGGCGCAGCAGGAGCCGCGAUAGUGCAUGCAGUUUCGGCUCUAGGGUAUCUUUUGGCAGGAAGGACGCCGAAUACGACGGGGAAAGAGCGAGCGCUGAUCAUGGACCCAUGGACGAAGGCGAGCUGCUCAGGCGGUCCAUGGGUUUCGGCGAGUUUUCCACGACGAAGAACAAGCAGCACCUGGACUCGGAUGUCUCAGGGGUGGCCAGGCGCUCCAGUAGGAAGUACCGGCAGUACAUGAACAGGCGCGGCGGGUUUAACCGGCCCCUAUCGCCCACAUACUGA